CACAACCUGACUCUACUUCAGCAAGGCACACCGCAACAUGAUGAUUCACGCCUCUCUCUGUGCCAUUGCUGUCGAGAAUGGUGGUCGUCGAUCCUCGAAUCAUUGCGAAGACUGAAAGGCUGCUAUUGCGGCCUCUGGAGCUGAAAGAUGCAGAAGAUGUCCUUCUGAUGCGCAAACAUCCGGAGGUGAUGAAGCACACCUCCAUUCUCCCGAGUAACGACAUCGAGAAGACAACGCAAUGGAUACAAGGCUGUCACGAUAGGGACAACUGCUGGAACUUCGUCAUCGAAAUGCUCGCAAUCAGCAAAGCAGACUCAGUGGUCGAGCACUAUGACACCGAAAUGAGCCCUCGAUCCAUCGAACCGUCAUGCGAGCGGACAGCGCCACGCGUCAUAGGCCUCAUCGGUGCUGUACGAGCACCCGAGGUUGGGUAUAUGCUGAACGCCGACUACUGGGGCAGGGGAUACGCGACAGAGGCUAUGAGAGCUUUCAUGUCUCUCUUCUGGAAGCAUAACGACUACGCGUACGCCGAGGCCCAAACAGACCCCGAGCUGGAGAGCAGCCAGAAUGUCCUACGUAAAGUUGGAUUCAACUUGCACGAAAAGAGAGAUAAGGACUUCGAGAAUCCCAUACUGGGCUGGAGAGACACGCUGGUGUUCAGGAUGGAUCGUCCGAGCGAGGCAGCUUGAGCCUGGCGACGACGUAUCACUUCUGUGUAUGAGUUAUGAAGUCGAGUUGCUUCGGUGUUAUUGUGGGCGUUGGUAUAGAUUUUGGUUCUGUCCAGCACUUUCACAAGCGGUAAGGCAAAUGUAUUACCAAUAUAAGGUGCUUUCGUUAUGUUCCUCGUUGCUUCUCAUUCACUGUUGUGAAGGCGGUCAGUACAUCUCGAAGACGAGCGGCAACAGGAUCUAAGUCUACAUUUAGGCCUUCAAACCCUCCAGCCACUUGCCAACGACCCUUGCACUCUCCUCAGGCGCCUC